UUCUUUUUUCCUUUAUAGGUGAAUUUUGUGGUAUGCCAGCUCGUUGCUUUGUUUGCUGCUUUCUGGUUUCGCAUCUACUUAAGUCCCGGUAAAACCAGUCCCUUGGCCCGGCACACAUUUGCCACCAUUUUUGGCAUCUACUUUGUCAUCUUUUGUUUUGGUUGGUACUCUGCACAUCUGUUUGUGCUGGUGUUAAUGUGCUAUGGAAUCUUGGUCACUGCAAGUGUAUCCAAUAUUCACAGAUACUCCUUUUUUGUAGCGAUGGGCUACCUGACGAUAUGCCACGUCAGCAGAAUAUACAUCUUCCACUAUGGAAUCCUCACUACGGAUUUUUCUGGGCCUCUGAUGAUUGUCACUCAGAAGAUCACAACCUUGGCCUUCCAAGUUCAUGAUGGACUAGGUCGAAGAGCGGAAGACCUGUCUGCUGAGCAACACCGACUUGCUGUAAAAGUAAAACCCUCUUUUUUGGAAUACCUAAGCUACCUUCUCAACUUCAUGAGUGUCAUAGCUGGACCGUGUAACAACUUCAAGGACUAUAUAGCCUUCAUCGAGGGUAGACAUGUACACAUGAAGCUGCUGGAAGUGAACUGGAAGGAAAAAGGCUCCCACAGCCUGCCAGAACCUUCUCCCACUGGAGCGGUGAUCCACAAGCUGUGCGUGACCGGCGUGUCUCUCCUUUUGUUUUUGACGCUCACGAAGACCUUCCCGGUCACCAGCCUGGCUGAUGACUGGUUUGUUCAUAAGGCAAACUUUCUGACGCGGCUGGGCUACUUAUAUGUUGUCAUGCAAGCCUCAAAGCCCAAGUACUACUUGGCCUGGACGUUAGCUGAUGCCGUGAAUAACGCAGCUGGCUUUGGGUUCAGCGGAGUGGAUCAGAACGGAAAUUUCUGUUGGGAUCUGCUUUCUAACCUAAACAUCUGGAAAAUUGAGACUGCUACAAGUUUCAGAAUGUACCUAGGAAACUGGAAUAUUCAGACAGCUACUUGGCUAAAGCGAGUGUGCUACGAGCGUGUCCCCUGGUACCCUACAGUGUUCACCUUCAUCCUGUCUGCCCUGUGGCAUGGUGUCUACCCUGGGUACUAUUUCACCUUCUUAACUGGAAUCCUCGUCACAGUAGCAGCCAGGACGGUGAGGAACAACUGUAGACAUUACUUCCUUUCUUCGAAAGGCCUCAAGGUUGCUUAUGACGUGGCCACCUGGGCUGCCACGCAGCUGGCCGUCUCCUACACAGUGGCGCCCUUUGUCAUGUUGGCAGUUGAACCCACCAUCAGUUUAUACAGGUCCAUGUACUUUUAUUUACACAUCCUCAGUCUCCUGAUAAUACUGUUUCUGCCAAUCAGACCACAAGCUCAUAUUCAAAGGCAGCCUCAGAACUCAGUUAAUAGGAAAAAAACGGACUGAUAUCCCCAAGGAAAGCUGGAUACGGAAAACUGCAAAACAUCGGAAGAUGAGAUGACAAGGUUCCAGGGUUCUUCUGUGACUUGGAGGCGAUGUUUACAUGCAUCUUUUUUUUUUUUUUUUAAUAAAAGUUCAGGGAGUAUUUUAUAAAGCCUUUUCGUACCGCUAAAUCCGCCACGUCCAGUUAACCUGUUUUAAUAUUUUAUAGGACGUUUGAGUGGUGAAUGGGCCAGAGUUGCAGCAACAGUCCAUCUGGGCUGCUUUCCUGGUAUGAUUUCCAGCCCCGGACAUGUGGACACUGGGACCCGGACAUCUGCUCCGGACGUUAGCAGGUGACUGCUGAGACUUGUCAGAGGCUCAUCAAACCAGAACGUACCACAUAGAGCUGUUCCUGGGGAAGCCCCAAAUCCUUUGACUUGGGACAUGACUGUUUCGAACACAAUAACUGCACUCAGAGACCACGGAGGAGCAGGGUCGGAGGCUGCUUUUCAGGUACCGAAAACUGUACGAGCCAGGAGGGCCAACUGUGAACACUUGAAGGGACCAAAAGCCAGCCUUGCCCCGAAGUAGGCUGCACCUUUCCCCAGGGAUGUCUCUCUUCCAUCUUUUCUCUUCUGAAUUGAGCCAAAAUUGUCAAUCAGAAAGCCGCCUGGACGCGCCCACCAGGAGUCUCGGAGGGGCUGCCGUUCCCAGAUCUCUUCCCAUUUCACAGGCGCCCCUGCUUGUCCAGGGACGGCCCUGAGGAAUCAGCCCCGAGUUCAAAGCCUCGAGGCAGAAGAAUGUUUCCUAAAGAAAUAGUGGCUUAAAGGAGUAGUUUAAAGUUACAUAGAAGUUUGGUCAGAAGCUGAUGCUUGGCUCUUUUCUUCCCUCAUUUCACGGAGGUGUUAAAGGUCACGGCCACCAGGGGCUGCCUGUCCUGUUUCCUUUCAGGGCUGAUUCGAUCUGACUUUGUAUUAGUUGAACUUUCCUGUAGGAAAGCAAACACGGAGACAGUUUUCUGUCUUUGAUAUGAAUGUGCUGUGGCUCCUUCUGGGGAUUUCUGUUGGGUAAUAUUCUACCUGGAGAAAGAAACAGGGUAUUAAAUGUUGUGGAAAAUAAUGAUGAUGAUAAUGAAUUAUAUGCUACAAUACUGUGCCCUCAAUCAAGUGCCUUGGGAGGAGAGAAUUUGUUCAAAUCAGAUGGCUAAAAAUUAGUUUGUGACUGAAUAAAGACGGUUAUAUAAAGGAAA